CGAGUUUUUCUAUGAGGAGAACAAGUGCGACGUCGAGAAGUUGUACGAGGACGGGUACUAGUCAUGAUAGUACCUCCGCGAGGACACCAGCCAGGCGGUCUGCAUCUUCCUCUUCCUCUUCUCUCACCGGGCUACGUGGAAGCCACCGUGCUGUUGCGGCGGCCACUACAGGAGG